AUGGAUUCGUUACCUCCUAAGCCAGGGGCUUACAAUCCAACUGUGAAGAGGACUAAACUCUACAAUUCUCGACAGAUAAGAACGCAACUCAAUGAUCCAGCGUUUACAAAACAACCAAAAGGAUCAAAUGUGGCUAAACAAAUUCGCCAGAGCAUCAGUUCUGGAGGUAUGAUAGCUAAUAAGCUGAACAUACCUGAUUAUUUAGCAGCUCGUGAUUUUGAAAUCAAAGCUUUGGAUAGUGCGAUGGUCAAGUCCAGAACUUCUGGUGCAUCUCGUGUUUUCCAAUCAUUGCCACGUACAUUGCGCCGUCGAACAGCUAGUCACAACGUACGCAGAAUUCCAAAAAGGAUGAGGAAGAAAGCUUUGAGAGAAAUGGGCUUCCAAAUUAAAAAUGGGGAAAGCGUCAUGCUGGGAACCAAAGGUGUUACUCCUAGUGGUAAGCCCUUAGCAAAAAAAUUAGGUAGAGGUAGACAAAGAUGGGACAUAUUGAGGAAAAUAAAGAUAUUGAAAUAUGCAGCAAAAUGGAAGAUUAAAGGAAAGUUGCCAGGGUCGGAGUAUAUAAGUUACUCUGAUAUAAACUUGAGAAAAAGAUUAAAACUAUUGAAAAAAGAGCUGGAGAAGCUCGAAACCAGAGAAAACAACGAGAAUGAUUAUACACCUUCCAUCAAAAACAAGGUCGGAUCACAUGAUAAUACUGGUUUAAAUACCUUCUCAAAAGUUUCGAAAAUUGUGAAUGUCAAAUAUGCGGUUAGACAACGCAAAUUUAGGUGGCUUCCAACACAUAUCUGGCAUGCCAAACGUGCAAAGAUGAUCAAGAGGUGGGAAUGGAAUAUUCCAAAUGAACCAACUCAGAGAUGCUACAGAAGUACCAGUAGAUCAUCAAGGAUAAAAGGUGCAGUUGCCUUUGAUACCUCCUAUAUGAAUACCUUUGUAAUCAACAAUGAUAUCACUAAUAAUGAAGAAUUAGAAAAAUAUUUCAAAAGGAUAACCAAAGGCAAACUCAAUUUGAAAAGCUUAAAAGCAGGAUUAGCUUGGGAUGGCUAUGUUUAUGAUUACGAGGACAGCAAGGACCCACUUGGCAAAAUACUGGUUGUCCAGGCUGGAACGAAGAUACUCGGCAGAGUACAUCCUUCAAUAUUUACGACUGUAUUCAGUCAGCUGCUAAACUGGUAUAGAGAAACAGAGGGCGUCAGUAUACAUGAUUGUAAGUACUCUCUUGCAUCCAUUGAAAUUACUGGCCCCAAAGCUCUAACAGCGCUUCAAUCAAUAUGUUUCAGUGAAAAGGAGUGUAAAUCAUUCCGCAAUUUUAUGAAUUUGCACAAGUUAAAUGACCUCAAUACAAUUCCCAAUGGAACUGUUUUCACAUUUGAUGUGCAAGAUCCACGAUUUUUCACUAAACCAUCGCUUCCAUCCAAACCAAACAUAACUUACGAUGAGCAAUUGAACAUCUUGGUAUCAUUAAAGCGGAAGCCAGACAUUUCCGAUUCUUUAUUAGACAUUGAACGAAGAGCAAUGUCCUACAAUUCCCAGUUAUCAUUGACAGAGCUUGGUCAACGCAAGGCAAAGUACCCAGGGGAAAACAUUCCUUAUAAAUCGACCGAUGCCUAUAUCAGCGUCAUGGUAAUCAAAUCUGAAGACAAAUGGAUUUUCAUGAUGCCGUGGUAUUGGAUGGUCCCGUUUUGGCACUCUCUUAUGCAUGUUCCGCAUGUAAAUUUUGGUGGUUUCAAACAGCUCGAACAACUCAGACUGGAAAAAGGAUUAUUGGGCUGGUCAGAUAUGGUUUUCACAAGAGACGGAUUUAUACAAUGUGAAAUUGAGAGAGAAGAAACAGAGAAAAAGUGGAGGAAAAGACCCAAAUCUAAAAGAGUCGAAUACACCAAGAUCAAGGUUGAUGGCCGAGUUGGUGAAUUGUUAUCCCCAUUUGGGUUAGAUUGGAGGGGUUUGCAGACAUUGAGGUUAGUAGUGCAAAAACUAAUCAAUGAUGGUAAUAUAGACACGUUGACAACAAAUAGGAGAAAAUUUGACGAAAAGAUGAAUCUGGUUCCUCAGUCAAGAAAUGAUGUUGAAUUUCUUGUCCAAGCGAUUCAAUCAGCGGAGCUGCAACUCAAAAAUAAGAAUAUGCAUUCCACCUUACUCAAAUACAAACCGAUAACGCUGGAACGUUCUGAGAUUGAAUAUUCCAGUAUCUUCUUCAAUAUCCCUCAGCUUCCUCCACUCCAGGUUGUUGCAAUCAAAUUGAGUUGUGUAAACUCCGGAAAUAUCAAAGCAAAUGCACGUAUUUUUACUGUUCCGAAGGACAAUCUUUCAAUUUGGACUGAAGUUUCUUCGGGGAAAGUAAAAACUCUUUCAGCUUCCAACAUGCGGGUCUGCUCUAUGGUGGAUCCUGAAAAGUAUACUCCUCAAAUAACAGAUUUGGUUGGUUUAGUUACCAGUGGUACGUUUAACCUUACACAAGGGAAAUUUGCUGGUAUCGGAUAUGUAGAUGCAGACGCGGUGAAAGGACAAGAAUUGGGAUUCUUUCUUGUUCGAAAUGUUUCCAGUACCUCUUACAGUUUAACCAAAUGGGCCAAAAUCCCUUUACAUUGA